CCACUCUAUCCCGGUAACUUUCAAUGACGUAGUAGCUACCAUAUUUUUGUAUGGGGCUUGCUAGGGGGUCAACUAAAUUGUUAGGGGUUUGGAGGUGGCGAUACAAAAUGUAUUGUGAUAAUUAAAUGGUGCGCAUAAUAAACAAUUAAAACAGUCAAAGGAGUGCUGCCACACGGCAGAUAUGCUUGGGAAUUUCCGGCCGAACAAUGAGAUGUACGAGCUUGCGAUUUUUUGCAAAAUAUUCUAUGCAACUCAUUUUACGUCAACGAUAAUCGAGAUGAAGUGAAGUGCUAUAAUAAGUGUACAGAUUAUAUAGUAAUGUGGUGGUGGAUUGAGGAUUUUCUAGCUGGUUGUGAAAACGAUGACAGAAGCAUCGUCAAAAGAUCGUGGUGAAGGACCACCACCACAACAACAAGGAAUUAUGUCUGAUCCACCUCCGCACCAUUAUAGCCUUCCCCCACCUGAUAUAAUGCCUAAAGGACUUGUAAUUAAUGGGGUAGGAGGAAGGCUGCGUCAAUUGGAGGCAUUAUUUAUUGGGGGUCCUGUGCAAGGAGGUCGCGCAGGCCAUACAUUCUCUAUAGAGACUUUAAUAGAUGUUCUCUUAGUUCUCUAUGAUGAGUGCUGCAACUCAUCUCUUCGUCGAGAAAAGACUGUAUCAGACUUCAUUGAAUUUGUGAAGCCAGUAGCUUCUUGCAUAAAAAGUCUGCAGUUAGCACGUGAAGAUUUUGAAACCUUGAACUUGAUUGGUCGCGGUGCAUUUGGUGAAGUGUGUGUCGUGCGAAUGCGUGGUUCUGAUAAAGUCUUCGCUAUGAAGAUCUUGAACAAAUGGGAAAUGUUAAAGCGUGCUGAAACUGCCUGCUUCCGUGAAGAGCGCGACGUUCUCGUAUAUGGCGACCGCAGAUGGAUUACAAAUCUUCAUUAUGCCUUUCAGGAUGACAAUAAUCUGUACCUGGUCAUGGAUUACUAUUGCGGUGGAGACCUAUUGACGUUACUUAGCAAGUUUGAAGAUCGACUUCCUGAGGAUAUGGCUCGUUUUUACAUAGCAGAAAUGGUGCUAGCGAUCGGAUCCAUACACGAUCUACGUUACGUACAUCGUGACAUUAAGCCGGAUAACGUUCUACUGGAUGCCAAUGGUCACAUCCGUUUAGCCGAUUUUGGCUCAUGCCUUCGACUCUUUGAAGAUGGCACUGUACAAAGUAACGUUGCCGUCGGUACACCAGAUUAUAUUUCCCCCGAGAUUCUCAGAGCAAUGGAAGAUGGACAGGGAAGAUACGGACCUGAAUGCGAUUGGUGGUCCUUAGGCGUUUGCAUGUACGAGAUGCUUUAUGGCGAAACCCCAUUUUAUGCUGAAUCUCUAGUCGAAACAUACGGGAAAAUAAUGAAUCACAAGAAUUGCUUCGAUUUCCCGACAGACGAUAUAUAUGAUGUUUCUGAAGAGGCUAAGGAUUUGAUGCGAAAGUUAAUUUGCAGUUCCGAGUUUAGAUUAGGACAAAAUGGAGUUGAGGAUUUCAAGAAACAUCCAUGGUUCGAAGGUGUGAAUUGGGAUACUUUAAGGGAUAGUACGGUACCUUACAUUCCUGAGGUUUCUUCACCGACAGAUACGUCCAAUUUUGACGUUGAUGACACUGAUGUUCGGAGUUCCGACGCAGUUCCACCAUCUGCUAAUUCUGCAUUCUCUGCUCUUCAUCUACCAUUUGUCGGAUUUAGCUUUACUCAAGGAAGUUGUAUAUCUGACUUGGGUUCGGUGCCAACCUUAACUCAAAAAGAUAAAAAUGUUAAAAUGCUGGAAGAAGAGAAUGCUCAGUUAAUGCAAACUGUGACAGAUUUGAAAAAUCAAAUCGGUGUAGGGCACACUUCUCCCACUAUUUCUCCUGAUUCUAAUAACGCAACGAGAAAGCUGCAAGAUGAAAUAAAUACGUUAACGAAACGAAAUUGCGAACUAGAAUCUCAAUUGAAAUCCAUGGACGUGCCACGCGAAUUGCGCAAUGUGGACAACGGAGACGCAAGUAAAAUACGCGAAUUUGAGAAGCUCAUACGCAUUCUGAGAUCUGAAAAGGAGGAAGCAAUCAAGGAUAAACUGGACGCUCAAGAGAAGUUGAAGCUGCAGGAUAAGGAACUCAAGGAUGCAUUGACUCAACGUAAACUUGCAAUGACAGAAUAUGCAGAAGUUACUGAUAAACUGUCUGAGCUGCGACAGCAAAAGCAAAAAUUAUCCAGGCAGGUUAGGGAUAAGGAGGAAGAGCUGGAAGUAGUAAUGCAAAAAGUUGAUAGUCUGCGACAUGACAUAAGAAAGGCUGAAAAGUUGCGAAGAGAAUUGGAGAACAGAGUUGAGGAGGCGAUAGCGGAAACCAGCAAAGAACGGAAGUUGCGUGAACGUAGUGAGGAAUAUUGUAAACAAAUGCAGGAGGAAACUGAGAAAAUAAGACAGCGCUCUAUGGGUAACGAUGCAAGUACAAAUCAGGCUUUAGCCACCCAGGAAAUCAACAGACUCAAAGCAGAAGUUGAAAAACUCGAAGUGCAGUACAAUGAAAAUUUGAAUCAACAACAGAGCAGGUAUAAUUUGGAGAUACGCAGUCUUCAAGAGCAAUUGCACGAGGGUGAAACUAGGCGCGAGGUACUUGAACGCGAAGUACUGGUGACCAAGGAAAAACUCGAUGCAGCGAGAUUGGAAAAUAUUACAGAUAGUGAAGAAACGAUAAACGAACUGAAUAGACGCCACGAGAGAGAAAAAAUGAUGCUCGUUGAGGAGAAUAAAAAGCUUAUGAUAGAACUUGGCUCUAUGACGGAGAGCAUGAGUAGAAUACAAGGUGAGAGGAGGCAACUGGAAGAUGAAUAUGAGGAUCUCAGAAAUAAGAAAGAAGCCAUUGCACAGUGGGAAGCUCAGAUUACUGAAAUUAUCCAAUGGGUGUCAGACGAAAAGGAUGCCAGAGGAUACUUGCAGGCUUUGGCGACGAAAAUGACGGAGGAACUUGAAUUCCUCAAACAUUCUGGUGGAGUUGGAGGCGUGGGCAGUGGUUCGACGAUGACAGAUAAAAACUGGCGCAAUCGUAGAUCACAAAAAUUGGAUAAAAUGGAACUGCUAAAUCUUCAGAGUUCUCUCCAAAGUGAAAUACAGGCGAAGCAAGCUAUAUCCGAAGAAUUAACGAAGACGCGAUCGGAUUUGAUAGCAGCGCAAAAAGAAUUAAGGGACUUCCGACAAAGGUUAGAUUCAAUGUCUCACGACUUGAAAAAGAAGGAAAUACAGAUAAAAGAGUUGCAGGGGCGUCUAGACACCGGCGACGGCUUUUUGGAACGUCCUACCUCUCAAAUGUCUUACCUGGAACACUUUCUCAAGGAAACAGCCAGUAGUACACGUCACGGAAGUGUUGAUAGCGUUGAAGGUGACAUCGAAGACAACCGUGCACCAAGUAUUGCAAGUAGUAAGAGCAAUUUAUCUGAACUAAGUAUCGAUCCAACAUCGCCUCUAUCUCACGAAUUGCUGAAUAAGUCAGCACCAUCUCACGGGCAGACCAAUUUACAACCAAAGCCAAAAUCGCAUCAGUUCCUAGUACGAACAUUUUCUGCACCCACUAAGUGCAAUCACUGCACUUCUUUAAUGGUUGGUCUAACUAGACAAGGAGUUGUAUGCGAAGUUUGUGGUUUUGCUUGCCACAUGCCCUGCUGUGACAAAGUGCCCUCUAUGUGUCCAGUGCCCCACGAUCAAACCAAACGGCCUUUGGGUAUUGAUCCCACCAGAGGCAUUGGUACUGCUUACGAGGGAUAUGUUAAAGUGCCGAAAAUGGGUGGUGUGAAAAAGGGUUGGGUGAGACAAUUUGUAGUUGUUUGUGAUUUCAAAUUGUUUCUCUACGAUAUCUCGCCCGAUCGUAAUGCUUUACCUUCGGUUUACGUCUCACAAGUUCUCGAUAUGCGGGAUGAGGAAUUCAGUGUUAGCUCGGUACGCGAUUCUGAUGUCAUACACGCGACAAAGAAGGACAUUCCAUGUAUAUUUAGGAUAACGACGUCUCUGCUGGAGCCACCUGGCUUACGAAAUCAUACGUUAAUGCUUGCGGAUACUGAGAGCGAAAAAACUAAGUGGGUAGUAGCCUUGAGUGAGCUUCAUCGGAUUUUAAAGAGAAAUAAUCUUCCAAAUACAACAAUCUUCCGUGCCAAGGAACUGCUGGAUAAUACAGUGGCACUCAUUAAAAACGUGAUGUCAGGAGCAAUCAUAGAUCCUGAUCGUCUAGUCAUUGGUACCGAGGAGGGCCUCUUUUGUUUAGAUUUAGAUCGUAGUGAGAUAGCAAGAGUUGGUGAGGGUAAGAAAAUAUACCUUCUGGAAUACGUAACAGAAGAACAGUUAAUUGUGGUGCUUAGUGGAAAGCAGCGGCACGUAAGAUUGGUUCCUGUGCGAGCGUUGGAUGGAGAUGAAGUGGAAUGGAUUAAGGUAGCAGAAACUAAAGGUUGCAUCACAUUGACCACAGGUGUAGUGUGCCGAAAUCCGCUCACUUACUGUCUCUGUGUUGCUAUAAAAAAACAGAAUGCAUCGCAAGUGAUUGUUUAUGAAAUAACGCGAACGAAAACACGGCACAAACGCGUUCGUGAACGUAUGUUACCUUGUCACGCACAAACACUACAGGUUCUUUCAGAGGGUCGUCUUUGCGUGGGAUAUCCGUCUGGCUUCUCUAUCUACAGUAUUUUGGGAGACCAUCAUCCAAUUUCAUUGGUUCAUCCCGAGAACACCUUACUGGGUUUUUUAACAUAUAGUGCUGUGGAUGCAUUACGUUGUAUCGAAUUGCCACGUGGUGAAUUUUUAUUAGUCUUUCAUACAUUGGCAGUUUAUGUUGACAGUCAGGGACGGAAAAGCAGGGAUCGCGAAAUCAUGUAUCCAGCUGUCCCUACAGCAGUUAGCUAUUGUGAAGGUUACCUGUUGAUUUAUAGCGAGACUCAUAUUGAUGUGUUUGAUUGUACCACUGGAGAUUGGCUACAGACACUCAAUGUUAAAAGAGCUCGGCCAUUGAAUACUUCCGGUUCUCUCAGCACUUGUAUCAUUAAUGAUAUGCCCCAUGUCAUUUUCCUGAGUAAUUUACAUCAACGAGAAUUGUUGAAUUUAACUCCGAUAGACGCUAGUGGAAGACAAAUGACAAGACCACGAAGAAGAUUCUCUUUGCGCGAGGGAAAUAGAGCUGCGCGUCCAACAGAUCGGCGGUCCAAGAUGAUAUCCGCUCCUACUAACUUCAAUCACAUUAGCCAUAUGGGACCUGGCAAUGGAAUACAGAUUCAACGUCUGCUAGAUCUACCAACUACGUUAGAAACGGCCGAUCAGCAACAAUAUUCAGGACAUCAAAGUGGCACGCACGUUCACAGUAGUCAACAGAGAGUAUGCUUAUAUGGUUCAGCAUUGCAAGCACCGAACAAGCCAGCCCCACUGCCACCCAGACAUCCACCGGCUGAUUCACGACGUCUCAGUUCGCAUAUGACACGAAAUUCUGGAUAUUCACCACAUAACGGUUCGACUUCGUCGCGACGAGGUCCGGCACCUCCAAGACCAACUGCGACACCACCAUCACUUCCACGUACACCUGUAGAUCAAGUUGAUUCGGAAUCAUUGCAUUUGCGAUCGCAUACGCCUCUUUCUCUUGGUAGUAUCGCCUCCUUGCACGAUAAGGAACACGCGUCUGGUGGAAGUCCACGACAUUCGAUAGCCUCGAACAAUAGUUCAAACCCAUCGACACCACCAAGUCCUGCCCACGACCAUGGAUCGUCGUCGUACGACUCAUAAAAAUAAAAAUAAACGUUACUUCAACGUUGAUUCAACAGAAGAGGAUACAGCAACCAGCCCACUUACGUUGUAUCCAGGUAUCGAAAUUUAUGCAGUAAACUUCUUUUUAUUUCUUUGUCAAAUAUGUGUCCGUCGUGAUACCAAUUGUCACGAAGCACUGUGUGUUAUACAUGGUCUUGUAGCCAGAAAGUUACCAUAACGAUUUAUAAUACGGUACAGAAGACUGGAUUCGGUGGUUUUUCAUUUCCAAGUAUUUUACUUUAGCAGUAAGUAAAUCGAUUGGCCCUGAAGUAUUUCCUAAGUGUGACUAGGGUUGUAAGUAUUCGUUCUGCAGUAUUCUUAAUGGUUUUGAUUUACGUUACUUCGUAUCGUAAGAAUUGAUGUAUGUUACUCCGUAACAUAAAAAAGAAUUCUUUUUUUUUCGUACUGUUACUUCUUGUCUCCUUUCCGUUCUCUUUCUUUUUAUACUACAGAUCGAACAAGAAUUAAAAUAAGAUACGUUGGUUGUAGAUUUCUUUUUUUUGCAAUAUCGAACAAAUUAUUUAUCGAGGAACAUAAGUCACUUGUAGUAAGAGGCCUCCGAGACCUCGUGAAAUUAUUAAGGUUAUUAUAAAUGAUAAGAGUAAUAUGAUAACUUUUUGGCUUUCAAGUAUGUAUAAUUAAUGAGUUCAACGGAAGGCAUAAUAAUGAAUUAUUGUACAUAACUGACACGUUUGAGAAUUUGCGAAGAAAGUUCCGUUUGCAACGAUUGCAACAGAUCGCUCCGAUGUUCAUGUUUUAUACUUUGACGUAAUACUUUUUCGUUCCUUCUGCGUUAUUGUUUUUAAGAUUAAAAGCAAAACUUUAGCCUUUACUAAAUCUCUUCAUUUCGUUCAAACAAAUCAUUUAGAACGGAAAGCUCUACGGGGAAAUUACUUUCAAUAAAGAUCAGUAUCGAAAAUCUCAGUCAAAUUAUCUAGCAAUAAAUGAAACUACUUAAUCUAUCAUACAUGCUUUCGAGCCUAGAUAUAAAAUAGUUUAAAAGCGAAUUAUACAUUUAACCAUUGUUAGCUAAUAUUAUAAAAUGGAUACCGAUUGAUACAUUACGGCUAAAUAAUCAUAUAUUAUAUAACACUGUGAGGACACCCAUCAUACGUUAUUCAACAUGUGGAUACUAGGCUAUAUCGUAUGGAAAGAAAGAAAUGAAUCCAUCAAGAGUUCUUACCGAUAAUAAAUAAUAUUUAAGCAAUGCCAAUUGCAUUCGCCGGAAAUAGCAUUAUUAGAGAAUUGUCGUUCUACGAGUAUAACAAAACUAAAUGACGAAAACGACAUCGAUAUUGAAGGUUCAUUCUUUUAUUUUAUUUUUUAACAAAAGAAAUCGCAUCGCUUACAUCAGAUUCAAAAUCAAAUACGUUCGCUCACAUCUAUCUCGCUAUCUCAACUCUUGUUACGUGUACAAUCUGGCAUAAAACAAAUAAACCCUUCUCUUGCGCAUUCGAGUAGGGUCAUUAAAAAGCAGUAAUUACUUAUCCGCUGACACAGAGUCCUGCAUAUUUACGAGAUCGGCUUCAACAUCCUAUCACACUUGACCGUACCGCGUCAAAGCUGAUCGCGAUUCUACUCCUCUAAGCCGGUAUUGACUCGUAAAAGGUUCAUUUAUGAAUGGCGUCAAUGUUCAACUUAGCUUCAUAAAUGUAGAUUCGUUUGUAAACAUGGCUCUAAUUAAAGUCACACAGAAAUUAGUCGAUUGCAUCUUCUCACAAGGUUUAUUUUCCGAGUGGCGCACUUUUCUCUUUGUAUUGCAUAUUUCCUCUCAUCGCACUCUCAUUCUCAUUCUUUUUCUUUUGCGCUCACACACACACACACACUCCUUUUCUUAUUUAUUAUCAUUCUGUUUUCGCAUAAUCUCGACAUAAUGGCCAAACAGUGUAUUUACUGUAUAAUGAAACGAAAAUUACGUCAAACUCUAUAUUGUACUUUUUUUUAUUUAUUAUACAAAAGCGGAAAGGUGUGAAGUGAACGGCACUGGAAAAUAUGUCGGCGUGAUUAUUAAUUUUCUCUUGAAAGCCGUCUACUUACUCAAUCACUCUGCUUUUCCUUACGACAUGUGACAUUGAUAUAAUUGAUUUUUUACAAGAUUGUAGAAAUUUUUUUGCGUCUCAAGAUUCUCAGAGCAUUUCUUAUAUAUAUAAAAUAUAUUUACACAUAAACACGAGCGUAAGGAUAAGCAGUAGAUUUUCAACGUUUUCCUUUCGGAGAAGCUUCGUCAUUACGUAUCCUGUUUGAAUCAAUUACUUUGUACUCUUCACACGUCAGAACUAUAUCACUAGGGAGGCAACGAAGUGCGCACGUUUCUCUGAAAUUGCAAUUAUUUAAAAGGGUGAACGUCACGAGAAGGAGUUAUUAAUCCCGUUGAACUUGAACGCGAAUAAAAAAGCAAAAGAUCAUACUGUAUAAGCGGAGUAGAAAAUGAUAUGAAUUACAAAUAAAUUAUAUAUUAAAUUAUAUUAGGUCUUAAGGAGUGCGAAAAAAAAAUUUAAACACAUUUAAGAGAUAGAAAGGUUCGUUUAUAUAUGAGAGAUGAAUUAAUAUUAGGCGUACUGAAAGAUAUAAAUGGUACCGAUUACACCACUACUUAUAACAUUGAUUAUCAUGUUAAGAUUAACAAUUGUUCUAGAAUUAUUAUGGAUCCGAGAGCGAGAAUAAAGAUAGAGAUAACAGUAAAUGAUUUAUGAAGAGAUAAGCUCUUAGAGAAUACUCUAAACAACAUGCGUGUUACAUUGUACUUACCAAUGAAAAUCAUGAUUCAGACUACCUUCCGUCAUUGUUGUUCGAAGGGUUCAAAAAUUAGAGUUGCUAGCAUCUGAUUUUGCGUGCGCCUUUCUUAUUACAUUGUUUUUUUCUGCUUUUUCCUCCGUGUUUUUUUGUUCACGUCAUCUGAACUUGUUCGGUAACAAGUUAUUUCAUCUACUUUGCGGAAAUACGAGAGCAUCAUACAUACCAUUUCCGUUUGAUAUAAAUGCGAUACUCUUGGAAUCAUAAUGUCUGUAUACAUUUGUAAAUAAAAUAUAGUAGAGGUCGAGUUCACAAUUGAUUUGCCUCGAUUCUUUGACACAAGUCGAUAAUGAUUAUAACGGUGAUUAUUAUUCUGACGAUAAUGACGAUGAAGUUUACCUGAUUUGAGAUCCCUUGUUUCUGCUGUCUAGAAUGCAUUGCGUGCGCUAUUUUAUUUGAACAUGUAAGGUAUAAGAGAUAUACCAAGAAUUGUAAUUUGCUAAUUAUUGUAAAAACAAUGAUGCAUAUUAUCAUUUUAAGGUUUAACGUGGUAUAUAAGAUGAAGCUUGUCACCGAGCAAAUCUUUGCAUUAUAACAUAACGAUUAUUUAUCAUUCAAGAUAUAUAGACUUUAUUUAACUUCUUUGUUCUCCUUUUUUUAUUUCUUAACUUGGUUUACCUAUUUUCUACAUGAGUGCGAGCUAAUUCAUUCCCUUGCCCCUUCUCCGACGUAAUGAUACUGUAUGUUAAAUCUUUCACGUUUUGAUUUUGUCCGAGUAUAUAACAUUAUAAUCUUAUUUUAUUAUUCAGCACCUUCAAAGCGUUGGUUUAGCCUCUAGUUAAUGUAAUCUUAUUUAUAACAUUGUGCAUUGUUUAAAGUAUUUAUUAAAACAGAUUAUAAAUAAUUAA